GUGUGUGACUGCGCGGGCCUGCGCUUGACUGCGCUUGACUGCGCGCGAGGCACGGCGCAGACGGGAGCCUGGCCGCGGCACAUUAAAUUAGACGCGCCCGGCCUGGUUGGCGGUGCAUCUCGAAUCGCAAACCGUGGUUGAUCGUUCGCGGGCCGCAGCGUUGGGCGCCCCUCCGGACAGCGUUGCAGCAAAAUUUCGCGCCCCCGCCAUCGUCACUUCACACACCCACGCACAACGCCGCGAAGAUGUCGUCGAAGGAGCCCCAGCCCAACGACGCGGAGAAGAACAUCGAGAUCUGGAAGGUCAAGAAGCUCAUCAAGCGUCUUGAAGCCGCCCGCGGAAAUGGCACAUCCAUGAUUUCGCUCAUCAUCCCGCCCAAGGACCAGGUCUCGCGCGCCGCCAAGAUGCUGGCAGAAGAGUUCGGCACCGCCUCCAACAUCAAGUCGCGCGUCAACCGCCUGUCGGUGCUGUCGGCCAUCACCUCGACCCAGCAGCGCCUGAAGCUGUACUCCAAGGUCCCGCCCAACGGCCUCGUCAUCUACUGCGGUGAAAUCCUGACCCCCGAGGGCAAGGAGCGCAAGGUCAACAUCGACUUCGAGCCCUUCAAGCCCAUCAACACCUCGCUGUACCUCUGCGACAACAAGUUCCACACCGAGGCCCUGAGCGAGCUGCUCGAGUCCGACCAGAAGUUCGGCUUCAUCAUCAUGGACGGAAACGGCGCCCUCUUCGGCACCCUGUCCGGCAACACGCGUGAAAUCGUCCACAAGUUCUCCGUCGACCUGCCCAAGAAGCACGGCCGUGGUGGUCAGUCCGCCCUGCGUUUCGCCCGUCUGCGUGAGGAGAAGCGCCACAACUACGUCCGCAAGGUCGCCGAGCUGGCGGUGCAGAACUUCAUCACCGCCGACAAGGUCAACGUCGCUGGUAUUAUCCUGGCCGGUAGCGCCGACUUCAAGAACGACCUGAACCAGUCCGACCUGUUCGACAACCGUCUGCAGUCCAAGGUCAUCAAGGUAGUCGACGUUUCCUACGGUGGCGAGAACGGUUUCAACCAGGCCAUCGAGCUGUCGUCCGAGACCCUGGGCAACGUCAAGUUCAUCCAGGAGAAGAAGCUAAUCAACGAGUACUUCGACCACAUUUCCAAGGACUCGGGCAAGGUCUGCUACGGUGUCGAAGACACCCUGAAGGCUCUGGAGGCUGGUGCCGCCGAAACUCUGAUCGUCUUCGAGAACUUGGAGAUCACUCGCUGGGUCCUCAAGGCCUCCGACAAUACCGAGGUCAUUCUCCACACGAACAAGAUCCAGGAGGCCGACCGCACCAACUUCAUGGACAAGACCACUGGACAGGAGAUGGAGAUCGUCGAGCAGUCUUCUAUGCUCGAGUGGCUUGCCGAGAAGUACCGCGAUUUCGGUGCCACCCUCGAGUUCGUCUCCGACCGCUCCUCUGAGGGCAACCAGUUCGUAAAGGGCUUCGGUGGCAUCGGUGCCAUCCUGCGUUACGCGCUCAACUUUGAGCAGCUUGCCGACUUUGACGACGACGAGGACGAGUUCUACGAUGAUUGACGGUUGUGCGCCCUCGCUGACUGCGAGGCAGCGUCCCCACUCCACGCGCCGAGUGAAGGAACGUCCGCUGCCCGCGAACAAGGUCAAAACGACGCGCCCGGAUUGAAGGACGGAGCAGUCGAUGUUACGACGCUUCGCCUCUCCCGAUUGUAGAUGAAAAGGGGAGCGUUCACGGAGGUUUUGCAUGGUAAGCAGGCUCAGUGCGUUU